UCUUACACAUAUAAAUACCUGUUCAUAUCCAGACGGUCUGAAAACCAGCUUCAAAGGAACUCAAGAUUAUCAGACGUCACACCCUUCCUGGUCAUACUGAUAGAGUUGAAAAUGAAAGUGGUGGUUCUGAUGGCUUUCCUUGUGCUCACAGCCCACUGUGUACCUGUCUCAAGAUUCCCUGGCAGGAUUAUAUUCUGCUAUCCUUUCUUAAGAUGGAAGUCAUGCCAGAGGCUGUGUGAACGCUUAAAUAUCUGUAGGAAACCACCGAUGAACAGAAGAACCACCAUGGUCCCAUCAUUUCCACCCACAACAGAAGCUGACCUUUCCCUGACUUGGAGUCCUCCUGCUCCUACUACCCCCGCUAGGCGGGGAGAUUCCAUAUAGGACAGCUCCUCACAGCCCAGACAAGCCUCUUUCCCCAGUCAGAUCACACUACCAGCUCGCGGCUCCUGUACCACCGUGUCCCUUCCUGUAUGGUGCCUCAACAAAAAGCUUACGUCACACUGCUUAUUAUGUGAUUGUGCUGGACAGUGUUUGUCAACAUGAGACAAACAUACACGUACACGGGAAGAGGGCAUCUCUCUUUUUAUUUCCCUUCAUUUUAUGUGCACUGGUGUUUUGCCUGGAUGUAUGUCUCUAGGAGAGCGUCAGAUUUUGGAGUUACAGACAGUUGUGAGUUGCCACAUUUGAAAUUUCAACCUGGGUCCAUCUGGAAGAGCAGCCAGUGCCCUUAAUUGCUGAGCCAUUUCUCCAGCCCCAGGAAGAAGGAAUCUCAGCUGAGUAAUUACGUCCAUCAAAUUGACCUAUGGAAAUGCCUGUGGGGAUAUUUUCUUGAUUCUAAAUGAUGUAGAAGAGCCCAAGGACUGUGGGUGAUGCAGUGGAGAUCUAGCAGAUGCACCUGGCUAUAUAUUAACAACAAACAAACAAAACUAGCUGAGCAAGCUGGGGGAGCAAGCCAGGAAGAAGCUUUCUGCACGGUCUCUGCCUCAGUUCCUGCCUUG